AUGUCGUUGGAGCCUCGCCCCGCGUACACCCCCGACGAGCUCGCCCGGCUCUACCCGCCCUCGCUGCGGCUUCAGCAGGUGCAGGUGCUCAUGCGCCAUGGCGAGCGCACGCCCGUCGUCAACCGCUUCGCCGCCAGCACAGGCCUGCCCGAGUUCUGGCCCUACUGCAGCCAGGCCUCGCGCAUGGUCUCGGCCGUGCUCGACCCUUCCUCUGGUUCCUGGACGACGCUCGACUGGCGACGCCGCCUCGAAACCUUUGCCGCCGACAGCCAGACUCCGACCCUCGGCACGACGAUGACGACGACGACACCCAACGGCAGCCUGGACAACAUGUGCGAGCUCGGCCAGCUCACCGACAAGGGCCGCGCGACGGCGACGGCGCUUGGCCAGCGCCUCCGCAGGCUGUACGUCGACCAGCUCGGCUUUCUUUCUGAGACGCUCGCCGCCACCAACCACAUGUACCUGCGCUCCACGCCCAUGCCGCGCGCGCUCGAGUCGAUGCAGCAGGCCCUGCACGGGCUCUACCCGCCUGAUACGCGCGCUGCCGACCUCGCGCCCCCCAUUAUUCACACCCGCCACUGGGCUGACGACACGCUGCUGCCUAACACGGCCAACUGCAAGCGCUUCAACGCCAUGAUGCGUGCCUUUGGCCGCCGCGCCGCCGAGCGCUGGGACGACUCCCCCGAAAUGGACCGCAUCAACGCCAAGCUCCGCAAGUACAUGCCCCCGGCAGCCACAACGGACCCCAAGAUCGCCGACCCAGCCGCCAAGAAUGCCCGCAUCGGCGUCGCCUCGCACCCAGCCCUCGUCGGCGUCCUCGACUCCAUUGCCGCCACCGAUGCGCACGACGGCUCCGCCACCAAGCUCCCCAAGGAAUUCUACGACUCGCAGCUCCGCGCCGACAGCAUCAAAAUCGUCGUCGACGAGUGGUUCGCCGGUUUCCGCGAGAGCGCCGAGUACCGCACGCUCGGCAUCGGCGGCCUCCUCGCUGACAUGACGGAGCGCAUGGUUGACAGCGCCGAGGGCCUCGCCCCGCCAUCUUCGCAGCACACCGCGUUGCAGUUUGGCCUCUCUGGCUGCCACGACACGACCCUUGCCGCGACCGUCACCGGCCUCGGCGCCGAUAACGAUGGUCCGUUUAGCUGGCCGCCGUUUACAAGCCACAUUGCCGUGGAGCUGCUCCGCGAUGAGCGCGUGGUACCGACGCCGACGGCCGCCGCAUCGUCAUCAUCAUCGUCGUCGUGGUGGGCGCUGCCGCGCAUGCUGGGCGGCGCGCGCCGCGUAGGACGCCGCCCGACGUACGAGCUGACGAACGCGGAAAAAGAACGCCUGCGGGGUUACUACGUCCGGGUGCGGUACAACGAUGAGCCUCUACGGAUUCCGGGGUGCCGGCCCGCGGGCAAGCACUACGAGGACGACGAGACGCUGUGUACUUUGGCGGCAUUUAAAUCAAUCGUUGACCGCAUCACACCGACGGACUGGAAGGCUCAGUGCGGCGCCAACUUGGAUAAGCCGGCCCUGCCUAGCAAACCUGAGCCUGCUGGCUACUGA